CCCUCGUCUUGAGAUAAUUACCUACUACAGUAUCUCCAUAUCUCCAUGCCUCAUCUGUUGUGUUGUGUUGUGCUGUGGGCUUCCAUGAGAAACCACGCGCGCAACGUCGAUAGUGUCCCAUUGCGUCGGUGAAUAGUUACAGAAGCUCGUUGUGAUGCUGCUCAUCAACACUUGGCCAGAUUCUCUGGAGACUAUUACCUGGCGCAUUGCCCAAGUGAGUCAGGUCCAUGCCCCCAAAUAGACUAUCACAUCGUAAAACGCGUCGGCGGCUGGUCUACCGGGGCUUUCCUUCGACGGUGCUUCUUCUCAUCAAACAAGAAGGAAUUGGAAACACGAAUAACACAUUGCAGUACCAACUCGUGCGCAGCUACAGCAGGAUCACGGCUAUGACGGGACGGCGACCUCUAGAAAAGAGAAGCCAUCUCCACUGCUCAGGGCCCUGCAAGUGGACGGAUACAUCCAUCAACCCCAAAGCCGCGCGGCCGCAAAAUAAACUCGCAGUCAGUCUCAGGGACAGACCCCCUUUGCAUUUUUGGGACCAACCGGCCGCUCAGCGCCGUCGUAUGCGCAAGCACAAGCUGUCGCACCGGCGGAUUCAAGAUGGCCAGCGUCACUUUUCUUCAAUGGAUGCCGUUGAUUGAAGCAGUGAAAUGAGACCCCAUACAACUUUCAGGGACCACGGGCUGUUGGCUGCUGUAGGCAGAGUGUAGACAACCACUACGCCAUUGAUUACGGUCUGGUACCGUUCCAACGCCUCGAGUCGCGAGUAUCACUACCAGUACCCAGAAGGGUAAUGAAUGAACCGCCCAAAAAACGCAAAACGCUCUGGACCAACCUUGUCGUCAGCUAGAUCGCAUCCAAUCCAAUCCACUCUGACGAGACUUGCAUGGCCUAGCCCGGGCAGGCUUGUGAAUGGCUGCACUAGGCAAACCUAAGCCUCAGCGGCAUAAUCUUGUGGGGAUUUGUCUUGUUUCCGUGUUAUCUGCGUUGAUCCAGCCGUGGCAAGAAUCUCUGGAGGACAGGCUCAGAGGGCCUCGGAAUCGCGAGAUAAAGCCAUUGAAGAUGGUGUUGACGAUAGGAACCAAACGUCAUUGCUGGUAUCUUGUAUGGGGGUCGAUUGACAGCGUUGAGAUUUGCGUGUUGAUCAAUGAAAAUCACAGUCAACUCUAUUCGCAACAGCAGUAGACCGCUCCAACUUUGUUCAUACCUUAUUGAGAGUCUAGUCUAAUGCACUGGCUGAAGUGUGACCCAGGCUGCAGCAACGCAGACAAGCAUAAGAUAAACCAAACACUAAUAGAGAUGCUUUAAUCCGUAGCGUUUGCGAUAAGAAGCAGGGUCCAAAAUCAAAAUGGUCAGAUGGCAGAUGCAGAGCGAGUGUUGAUUCUGCCUUAGUAGGUACAGUACAGUAGGUACAAAUUGAUAUUGACUGGAUUUAGAAAC